GGAACUAACUUGUUCUCACAGCAAAAUGGAGGGAAAAGAAUCUUCACAGAAAUCGAAGAGGAAUUCAGGAUGGACUCUGAUUGUGAAGCAUGCAGCAUGAGACUUGCUCUUCUUCACUUGUGCCAUGCUCAAAAGGAAUUCAGGAUGGACUCUGAUUGUGAAGCAUGCAGCAUGAGACUUGCUCUUCACUUGUGCCAUGCUCAGUAAGUUACUCAUCUUUCAAGUAGGAGGAACUAACUUGUUCUCGCAGCAAAAUGGAGGGAAAAGAAUCUUCACGGAAAUCGGGGGUUACCAGUGUGGCAGGAGCCAUGUCCUCCCUGAGGCUCGUGCUUGUGGGAAAGACAGGGUCUGGGAAAAGCUCAGCAGGAAACACCAUCCUCGGCAAAGAAGAAUUUAAAGCAGGUUUAAGUUUCACAGCUGUAACACCUGAUUGUCAGAGAAUAGAGGGAGAUGUGGAUGGUAGGGCAGUCACAGUGGUCGACACACCAGGUGUGACUGACUUAAAGGUUUCUAAGGUGGAUGCAGAAAGCAGGGUGGCCGAAAGUUUCUCCAUGUGUGACCCAGGACCACAUGCAUUCCUGCUGGUGCUAAACAUGUGCAGUUUCACACCAGAGGAGAAACAAGCAGCAGAGGUGAUUCAAGAAGCGUUUGGCGAGGCUGCUUUUGAGCAUACAAUGCUCCUCUUUACCCAUGGAGAUCAACUGGAGAACCCUGGUGAUAUAGAGACCUUAUUAUCAGGCUGUGAGGAGCUCACAUGUCUUCUUGAUAAAGUAAAUUGGAGGUAUCAUGUGUUUAAUAAUAAAAAGAAUGAUCGUACUCAAGUAAUUGAACUCCUGAAUAAGAUUGAUAAAAUGGUGGGUGAGCGAGGACACUACACCAGAGAGCUGUUCCAGAAGGCAGAAGAGAAGAGAAAACAGAAACAGGAGGAGGAGCGCUUGAAGAGACAAGAGGAAGAACUCAGACAAGAAUGGAUGAAACCAUGGGAAGGCAAGGUGGAAUCAAGAAAGAAGAGAUGGUUUAAGACUCUUCCUUUAGUGUUGGGGGCAGGGUUAAUUGUAAUGCUGGUAUGA